UCCUCGCGUGCUUCGAAGCGAAAAGGAUAGCUAAGAAGCCUGGUCGGUUCUAUAUGUGCGCAAGGAAAGGCGCAUGCGGUAUAGUUAAGGGGCUGACCUCCAUCAAGGGAUGGGUGAGGAAGUGGUUCUACGCUUCUGGGGAAUGGCUUGCAAAGGACGAGUCAGAUCGCUCCUUCUUUGACGUCCCCACUAGGUUUGGGAACCUAGUUUCAAUCCGACCAGUCCCCGAGCUUACGCAAGCCUCCUUCGACACGCUGAAAUACUACAAGGAGSGCUUUCCGAGGGGUAGGAAGGUCGGAACCCURGUGACCGACGAGCUGCUGCUUGAGUCCGGGCUGCUAGAUUACAACCCUGCARUUCGUCCCAUUGAAUCCUCAAGGCCGAACUCUGAACUUGGUAUGCCGAGCUUGCCUCACCCMUUUUCCCUCUAACCUUGUGAUGACCCCUGUUUUUAUU